CUGCGACGCUCAUCGGCUGCGGAGCGAACUAGUUUUGCCGAACUUGUUGGCUGAAGCAGGUGCGUGAUCAUCUGCUUCGUGUUGGAUCUGUCAUUUAUCGUCUUUUGCCAACGAAAUGGCGUCCCGUGCAUUGCUGCGACAAUGCGCGGAUGUAAUUAGCAAAAACAAUCCCGGAAUAAUCAGGUUGCUUUCAAGCAAGAACAAAGAAGUGGAAAGGACACAGAAGAUUAACUUAAUAAAACGCAAGAAUCUUGAGAAAAUGAUGCUUACAGAAGACGAGUUUAAUUACAUUCAAGCUUUAAAGAAUACUAUUGCUGUAUCUCCUAUCGAGGAUGUAGGUUACGUAUCUGGAGUUCCCGAGGAGCACAUCAAGACUCGUAAAGUACGGAUUUAUCAACCUGCUAAAAGUGCCAUGCAAUCAGGGACAAAUAACGUUCACUUUUGGCAAAUAGAUUUUGAUACACGUGAGCGUUGGGAGAACCCAUUGAUGGGAUGGACUUCCUCUGGGGAUCCCAUGUCGAACAUCAAAGUUGACUUCGCGACUUCGGAAGAGGCAAUCACACAUUGCAAAAAAAUGGGAUGGGACUAUUAUAUUCAGAAGCCGAAUGCAAAUCAACCGAAGCCUCGUACCUAUGGGGAGAACUUCUCUUGGAACAAACGUACUCGAGUUUCUACCAAAUAGUUCGUACACAGAAAUUUAUAGGCCAAUUAUUUGUAAUGUCAUAGUAACGGCGUGGCGUGCUGAUUGUAGUCAUGCUUGUAAAAAAUUCUAACAGAUGUAUCAUAUUGCAAAUAAAAAAAAAAUAUAUAUAUAUAUUUAACACGA